GGUGCCGGCCUGAGGGCGGCCGUGGUUGCGCAGCGGCGCCAUUGGCGGAGCGGGCCCGGGAGCGGCGGCGGAGCUCGGAGGCGGCCGGAGCGCAGGCGUUUCUGGAUCAGGAGGCCUGGCUGCCACCUGCACCCCCUGGCUCACCUGCUGAAUGAGCUGCACUCUCAAGGGAAUGUCUGGAUGGAGGAGGAGGAAAAGCCCUGGAGAUCUCGCACGAGGAGGGGCUGCAAACUCAGCCCAGGGAGCUGCGGGGAGGAAAGAGCCCCCCUGAGCCAGGAAGGUGUCCGGAGAUCCAGCCGGAGCUCAGAGCUGGUGGAGAAGCCUCAUGGCAGGGAGAAGCCACACAAGUGCUUGGAAUGUGGGAAGGGUUUCAGCCGGAGCUUGAACCUGAUCCAGCACCAGGUGAUCCACACUGGGGAACGGCCCUAUGAGUGUGAGGAGUGUGGGAAAUGUUUCAGCUGGAGCUCCAGCCUGAUCCAGCACCAGGUGAUCCACUCUGGGGAAUGACCUUUUAAAUGUGGAGAGUGUGGGAAGAGUUUCAGCCAGAGCUCUGUCCUGAUCCAACACCAGAGGAUCCACACUGGGGAAAAGCCCUUUGAGUGUGGGGAAUGUGGGAAGAGCUUCAGCCAGAGGGGCUGCCUGAUGCAGCACCAGGUAAUCCACACUGGGGAACGGCCCUACAAGUGUGGGGAAUGUGGGAUGGGCUUCAACCAGAAGGGGAGCCUGAUGCAACACCAGAGAAUCCAUACUGGGGAAAAGCCCUAUGAGUGUGGGGAAUGUGGGAAGAGCUUUAGAUACAACUCUGGCCUGAGGAAACAUGAGAGGAUCCACACUGGGGAAAAGCCCUACGAGUGUGGGCAAUGUGGGAUGAGCUUCAGCAUCAAGUGCCAGCUGAUGGAGCACCAGAAGAUCCACACUGGGGAAAAGCCCUACAAGUGUGGGGAAUGUGGGAAGAGCUUCAGAGGAAGCUCAGCCCUGAUUCGGCACCAGGUGAUCCACACGGGGGAACGGCCCUACACCUGCUUGGAAUAUGGGAAGAGCUACGGGUGGCACUCUGACCUGAGGAAACACCAGCGCACCCACACCGGGGAGAAGCCCUACGAGUGUCCUGAGUGUGGGAAGAGGUUUCCAAGGAGCUCCGAUCUCUGCAAACACGAGCGGAUUCACACAGAGGAGAGGCCCUUCCGCUGCUCCGACUGCGGGAAGGGCUUCAAGCUAAACUCCCAGCUCACCAUGCACCAGCGCAUCCACACUGGGGAGAGGCCCUACAAAUGUCCUGAGUGUGGGAUGAGAUUCUCCUCAAGCUCAACCUUGACCCGACACCAACGGAGGCGCCACUAAGUGAAGCCCUGUGAGUGCCCCGAGUGCGGGAAGAGCUUCGUGCGCUGCUCCAGCUCCAUCUCCCAUGGGAGGAUCCGCGUUGGAUGAUCCGCAGUGACCCCCGUUGGGCAGAGCCCUCAUGAUCCGUGGUCCUGGUGAUUCAAGUUGGAAGGCAUCUGGCUGGGGCCUCCACAUCUUCCUGGUUCCCUGAGGGCACCUAGAUAAACCCAGUGGCAGGAACAUCCAUCAGGAGGCAGGCCAGCAAUGGGAUUUCUUUGGGGAGAGCAGAUUUGUCGACUUUCAACCCCAUAAAAUCUUUAGCAUUCAAUCCUAUCUUCUGGUGACAUCCAGGAGUACUGAAUGGUCUUGGAGGUACAUUCUGGGUUGACUAUAUGAUGCUUGUAUCCCCAGUUGUCUUGUUGUUUUUAUGCUGAAUAAUAAGUUUUGCACCUUUAAGACUUGUCCUGAGAGUGAAGGGGGAGAGAAGCAGUGCACAGUUUGUUUUCAGACACUGCACUCACUCCUCCACAUUCCUGCUCCUGCAGUGUGUUGCCUGCGGAUGGACAGACAGCAGGACAGAGCUCUCCUUUGCUUUUAGUUAGUUUUAGCUAGCUGAGGCAAACAAGUUCCCUGGACUGUGGGGUUUUUUCCACUUUUCUUUGGACCUGUUUAAACCUGCUCUGGCCUGAACACCAGCAGAGCACCGGCAGCUCUCACCUGUGGCCCACCGGGCCGGGCCUGGGCUGCGGCAUUUCCAGCACCGGAGGGACUGAUAAGAGGCUGAGUGAGCUGAGCUACAGCCCAUGGAGGGACUUUGUGAGUUUGUCUGUCUUUUAGAAUGGCAAGAGGAUUUAUUGUUUAAUAUUGUUUAGGUUUUAUUGUUUAAUAAAUAGUUUUCUCCACCUUUC